UAGCCGCAGCAGCCCAGCUUGCUGCAAGCCUCCCAGUCGAAACCUUCCUAAAACAACCCUUUGGCGGCCUUGGAGUAUAAUUUAAUCUUCCUUUGAUGACUCCAGAUCUCACCCUGCCUCAGGCCACUCGGAGAACAUCAAUAAUUGCUGAGUCCAGGUGCAGCCGCCGGACCCUAGGACAGAGCACGGGCCACCGCCGCAUCCACCUCCAGUCCAACUGGAUCCAGCUCCAACCACCAGUUUUGGUUCAUCUUGCCUGGUGCCAUGACCUUCUCCGAGAUUCUGGACCGUGUUGGAAGCAUGGGCCCCUUCCAGUACCUGCAUGUGACCUUGCUGGCCCUCCCAGUCCUCGGAAUGGCCAACCACAACUUGCUACAGAUCUUCACAGCCACCACCCCUGUCCACCACUGUCGCCCGCCCCCCAACGCCUCUAUAGGGCCCUGGGUACUCCCCUUGGACCCAAAUGGGAAGCCUGAGAAGUGUCUCCGCUUCGUACAUCUGCCAAAUGCCAGUCUUCCCAAUGACACCCAGAGGGCCACCGAGCCGUGCUUGGAUGGCUGGAUCUACAACAGCACCAGAGACACCAUUGUGAUAGAGUGGGACUUGGUGUGCAGCUCCAACAAACUGAAGGAGAUGGCCCAGUCGAUCUUCAUGGCAGGCAUACUGGUUGGAGGACCUGUGUUUGGAGAACUGUCAGACAGGUUUGGCCGCAAGCCUAUCCUGACCUGGAGUUAUCUCAUGCUAGCAGCCAGCGGCUCUGGUGCUGCCUUCAGUCCCAGCCUCCCUGUCUAUAUGAUCUUCCGAUUCCUGUGUGGCUGCAGCAUCUCGGGCAUUUCUCUGAGCACCGUUAUCUUGAAUGUGGAAUGGGUUCCCACCUCGAUGCGGGCCAUCUCAUCAACAUCUAUUGGGUACUGCUACACCAUUGGUCAGUUCAUUCUGUCCGGCCUGGCCUACGCCAUUCCUCAGUGGCGCUGGCUACAGUUAACCACGUCUGCUCCCUUCUUCAUCUUCUCCUUGUUGUCCUGGUGGGUACCAGAGUCCAUACGCUGGCUGGUUCUGUCUGGAAAAUACUCAAAGGCCCUGAAGACACUCCAACGGGUGGCUACCUUCAACGGCAAGAAGGAGGAAGGGAAAAAGCUCACCAUAGAGGAGCUGAAGUUCAACUUGCAGAAGGACAUCGCCUCAGCCAAGGUCAAAUAUGGCUUAUCUGACUUGUUCCGGGUGUCCAUCCUUCGUCGUGUGACCUUCUGUCUCUCUCUGGCCUGGUUUUCUACUGGUUUUGCCUACUACAGUUUGGCUAUGGGGGUAGAAGAAUUUGGAGUCAACAUCUACAUACUCCAGAUUAUCUUUGGUGGGGUUGACAUCCCAGCCAAGUUCAUCACAAUCCUCUCCUUAAGUUAUCUGGGCCGGCGCAUCACUCAGAGCUUCCUCCUGCUCCUAGCAGGAGGGGCCGUCUUGGCCCUCAUCUUUGUGCCUUCAGAAAUGCAGCUCUUGCGAACAGCACUGGCUGUGUUUGGGAAGGGGUGCCUAUCUGGCUCCUUCAGCUGCCUCUUCCUCUACACGAGUGAGCUCUACCCUACAGUCCUCAGGCAAACGGGUAUGGGUAUCAGUAACAUGUGGGCUCGAGUAGGAAGUAUGAUAGCCCCACUGGUGAAAAUCACGGGGGAACUGCAGCCUUUCAUCCCUAAUGUCAUCUUUGGGACCACGGCCCUACUGGGAGGCAGUGCUGCCUUCUUUCUGCUUGAGACCCUCAAUCGGCCCUUACCGGAGACUAUCGAGGACAUACAAAACUGGCACAAGCAAGUCAAGAAAACAAAGCAGGAGUCGGAAGCAGAAAAGGCAUCCCAAACAAUCCCGCUGAAGACUGGUGGAUAGGACCCUAGCUGAGAACAACGGAAUCCUCUUUCCUGGCCACAAGAGACUGAUCCCAAGCAGUACCCUUCUGGAGUUCCUUGGGCACCUUGGGGGUUGGGGAAAGUUCUAGGUGGGCCCAUGCUCUUGGAACAAAAACUUCUGAGAGUUCAGUAAAGGUGUUCUACCCUCACACCUCCACCAUAGCCCACAACCCAGACCUGGCCUGCUCACAGCUCUAGCCAUAGGCUUCCCAUACUCACUCCUGCACCCAUCCUCCCUGCAGCCCAGCCCUGCCAUUCUUCUGUCAACCCUUGCCAUAUUGGCCAUUUCCUCCAUUGUCCCACCUCCAUUUUCCUUGAGAUCCCCUAGCAGUUCUAAUGGUUUCUUCUUACCUUGCCCAAACUCUCUCCUUGGUGGGAAAUUUCAAUAAACCACAAUGAAGAACUCAGGCCACGCUUCAUGGGGAAGAGGGCUGGCCAUGAUGUGGACAUGUGAGCACACACAUGUCCAUUUGUACCAUAUGAACACAGAGAUAUGGGAACUCAGCUGCACGCAAGCUGGCCUGCUAUGAGCACAUCCAUGUGUCCUAGUCUGCUUGUGCAGGUAUAACGGACUACCAUAAGCUGGAUUGUCUAAACAACAGAACUGUGCUGCUCAUAGUUCUGGAGGCUGGAAAGUCCAACUUGGGUCAAGGUAUUGGGCAUUCAGUGUCUAGUGAGAACCUUCGUAUUGUCUCCACAAAGCUGGUUCCCUCCAGUGUUUUCACCAGGCACCAAUCCAUUUCCCGAGAACAGAGCUGUGUUAGCUUUCUAUCACCAUGACAAAAUACCUGAGGUAAACAACUUAAAAGGAAGGUUUAUCUGGGCUCUCAGUUCAAGGUUUUGGUCCAUGCUCACCAGGCAUUGUUGCCUCAGAGCCAAGGCAGAGCAUCAUGACAGGUAGCACUUCAUCCUUCUCCAAAGGUUUAUAUUCCCAAGGUCUGCUAAUCAAAUACUUCCAGAACCCUACAUAUUAGGGCUCCUAUUGCUAUAGUAAGGCAUCAUGACCAAAAGCCAUAAAGGAGAAAAGGGUUUAUUUCAUCUUGCAAUGUUCAGGUCAUACUCACUGUGGGAAAUCAGGGCAGGAACUCAAGGCAGGAACUGAAGCAGAGGCCACAGAUUGCUUAUUGAUGGCUCCUCUUGGCUUUCUCAGCCUGCUAAGACCACCAGCCCAGGGGUGGCAUCACCCAGAGUGGGCCAGGCCCUGCCACAUGACAAUCCCCCACAGGUUUAUCUACAUGCCAGUCUUAGGGAGGGCUUUUUCUCCAUUAAGAUUCCCUCCUCCUAACAGGACACUUAGCUUGGAUCAGCUCUGUUCAAGCAUUCAGCAGUGGCUAUUGCGACUAUAUAGGACACGCCAACCUACUCUGUGGACUCCAUUAUCAACCACAGAGCUAAUGACUGCUCUCAAGUGUGUACUUAGAGAUUUGAGAGGGCGCUUAAUAAACAUGAAAAGGAUUAUAUUGUA